ACUCUCUUCCAUUUUCUCGCGCGCAGCUUUGACUUUCUACUUAUUCUAUCUGCAGCUGCGUUGAGUUCAUGUCCAUCUAUCGACAUUUGGAGCUUGCAAUUGAGAAGCUGCAAGGAGAGAAAGAAAGAGAGAGGAUGUUGCGCCUCGUCCUCACCCUCGUCUUCUUCCUCUGCGGGGCCAUCGCCGGCGCCGAGAACCGCUUCCCCCAGAUCCGCCUCCGCCGUGCCUUGGCAGCGACCGGUAGCUCUUCCAGCGAAGGCGACGAGGAGGCCCCGCUCGACCCCCCGGAACCCUACUCGCUGGGGCCCAAGAUCUCCGAUUGGGACCGGCAGCGCGCCGAGUGGCUAAGCCGCCACCCGGAUAGGCCGAGCUUCCUCGCCCCCAGCAAGCCCCGGGUGUUGCUCGUCACCGGCUCCUCCCCCAACCCCUGCGAGAACCCGGUCGGUGACCACUUCCUCCUCAAGGCUUUCAAGAACAAGAUCGACUACUGCCGCCUCCACGGCAUCGAUAUCUUCUACAACACGGCCCUCCUCGACGCUCAAAUGACCGGCUUCUGGGCCAAGCUCCCCCUGCUCCGCACUCUCCUCCUCGCCCACCCGGAGGUGGAGUUCUUGUGGUGGAUGGACAGCGACGCCAUGUUCACCGACAUGACCUUCGAGAUCCCAUGGGACCGCUACGCCGCCCACAACCUGGUCAUGCACGGGUGGGAUGAGAUGGUGUACGAAGAACACAACUGGAUCGGGCUCAACACCGGCAUCUUCCUUCUCCGCAAUUGCCAGUGGUCGCUCGACCUCCUCGACGUCUGGGCCCCCAUGGGGCCUAAAGGCGAGAUCCGCAUCGAGGCCGGAAAGGUCCUCACCGCCUAUCUGGCGGAGCGCCCUGUGUUCGAGGCCGACGACCAGUCGGCCAUGGUGUACCUCCUCGCCACCCGGCGCGACCGAUGGGGGGACAAGGUCUAUCUGGAGAGCGCCUACUACCUCCAUGGAUUCUAUGAUAUCGUCGUCGAUCGAUACGAGGAGAUGAUGGCAAUCUUCCACCCAGGGUUUGGGGAUCAACGAUGGCCCCUUGUGACCCAUUUCGUGGGGUGCAAGCCGUGCGGUAAGUUUGCGGAAUAUUCGGUGGAGCGGUGCCUCAAGCAGAUGGACCGGGCCUUCAACUUUGGCGACAACCAGAUAUUGAAGACGUAUGGGUUCCAGCACAAGUCGCUUGCUAGCAGGGCUGUCAAGAAGAUCAGAAAUGAAACCACCAACCCACUCUCACUCUCUCUCGAUAAGAAAUUAGUCUCAUGAGAGAGAUCGAUCGAUCCAUCGAUCGGAUUGCUGCAUUAUUAGAUCAA